UUUUUGACUAUCGGUGCAUUGAACACGAAUCCCUUUUAAGAUUUGAAUGUGCUUUCUUUUGACGCAACAUUUAUUACCCCCAAGUCGCGAACACUCCUCAACAGUAACAGUAUUACAGUAACACACAUCGCAGAACCUCUCCUUCCUCCGUAACCCUAACCCACCGGAGCUUCAACUCUUCACCAUGUCAGAACCUUCCACCACCUCUCCUCCACCGCCUACAACCAAAAGCUGGGCCGAUCAAGCCGAUGAAGAAACCAAUCAAACCUCCACCUCCGCCGCCGACGAAACAUCUUCCCUCAACGUCAAUGAAUUAACCAUCGACGAAGAAAACAAAUCCCUUUCUAAAUCUCUAGACGAUCCCGACGACUCCAACAUUACAGCGGUUACAGCUGGAGACACUCCUUACACAUCCGCGACGACCUUCGAAGAAUUAUCUCUCUCGCCGGAGCUUUUGAAGGGAUUAUAUGUGGAGAUGAAGUUUGAAAAACCUAGCAAAAUUCAAGCUAAGAGUUUGCCCAUGAUUCUUAAUCCUCCACAUAGGGAUUUGAUUGCUCAAGCACAUAAUGGUUCUGGAAAAACUACUUGUUUUAAUCUUGGGAUGCUUAGUAGGGUUGAUCCCAAUUUGCAAGCUCCUCAAGCUCUAUGUAUUUGUCCUACUAGAGAGUUGGCUAUUCAGAACAUUGAGGUUCUCCGUAAGAUGGGGAAGUACACGGGGAUUAGCUCAGAAUGUGCAGUUCCUAUGGACAGAAGAGAUUCAAUUCCGGUAAUGAAAAGGGCGCCUAUUAUGGCUCAGGUUGUUAUUGGUACUCCUGGCACAAUGAAGAAUUUGAUUACUUAUAAGAAACUUGGAGUGACAAAAUUGAAGAUUCUCGUUUUUGACGAGGCGGAUCAAAUGCUUGCUGAGGAUGGAUUUAGAGAUGAUUCUCUGAGAAUAAUAAAAGAAAUAGAGAAAUUCAAUUCAAGCUGUCAGGUUCUUCUGUUUUCUGCUACAUUUAAUGAAACUGUCAAGAAUUUUGCUACAAGGGUUGUUGGGAAAAAGGAGCAUAAUGAACUUUUUGUGAAGAAAGAGGAGCUAUCUUUAGAUGCAGUAAAACAGUACAAAGUUCUUGUUCCUGAUGAGCUUGUUAAAAUUGACGUGAUUAAAAAUUAUAUAUUUGAACUAGGAGAGAAUGUGGGGCAAACUAUUAUAUUUGUGCGCACUAGAAAUAGUGCAAAAAUGUUGCACAAAGCUCUUGUUGAUUUAGGCUAUGAGGUCACUUCCAUACAAGGUGCUCUUGACCAUGUUGAUAGAGACAAAAUCGUCAAAGAGUUCAAAGAUGGUUUGACUCAGGUUCUUAUAUCGACUGAUGUUCUUGCCCGUGGCUUUGAUCAGCAACAGGUUAAUUUGGUUAUAAACUAUGAUCUUCCACUGAAGUACGCUGCUGAGUACACCCAUGGCCAUGAACAAGAGCCUGAUUAUGAGGUGUAUUUGCACAGGGUUGGUAGGGCUGGGCGAUUUGGGCGCAAGGGGGCUGUAUUUAACCUGAUAUGUGGUGAAAGGGAUGAAAAGACCUUGUCAAAGAUUGAAAAACAUUUUGGCACCUAUAUAAAAGAGGUGAAAGACAGAAGUGUUGAAGAUUAUAAAGUUGCUCUUAAAGAAGCUGGUUUACUGUUUUGAAUCUGUAAAAGUUGAAGGAUCUUGUAAGCUGUGUUGGUCUCCUGAAUUUCUGGAUUACAGCAUAUCUAUGCCACACUUUGAUGAAUUAUUUUGCAUGGAUAUACAGUCUGGUUUAAGUUUUGGUGAUGGAGAGUUUGGCUUCAAUGUUUAUUAUGGUAUGGACGCUGCUUUGCUGUCUUCAGUUUCGAGUUCAAAUGUGCGGACAAACUUUGGACUAGCUUUUUUAUCUCCCUUUUUCGUUGUUGAAAGAAUCCAUGGUAUACUAGUAUAUUCUGUAUGAGUGGUUUAUGCGGAUAAAUUUUGGGAGUUGAGACAACAGUAAUUUAAAAACAAAAAUGUUACUCCCUUCGUCUCAUUUUAGGCGUUCUUUUAAGUUUUGCAAAGUUUAUAAGAUAAUGAUUAUUUGUGUUGAUUUCACUAUUAAAAAAGUUUCACUUUAA